AUGUCGUCAUCUGCCCAGCAGCAUGAGAAAACACAUGACUCAAAAGAUGAACAUCACACCACAACAACGACACGAAAUACCAUGCUGGCUGGAGCUUUGGCACGAUGUGGAGCAGCAACAAUCAUGUACCCGAUUGAUGUUUGUAAAACUCGAAUGCAAUUUCAACGAAGAGCAAAUUCCAAUUUUCGUACCGUCUAUCGGAAUACAUUUCAUUGUAUUAAUACCAUGAUUCGAACAGAAGGAUUCGGAAUUUAUAGAGGAUUAUCACUCCGAUUAUUCUACAUUGGACCUGGAGCAGCCAUUACGUUUACUGCCUAUGAAAAAUACAGACAAAGCGCAGAAAAGGCAAGAAAGAGUGGAAAGAGCGUUUUUGAAACUGGAGCAAUCAUGUCAUUACUUAUGGGAGCUGCAGGUAGAGCAUUGGAAUCAGGCAUCAAAACACCUUUCAAUAUUGUAAAACAACAUUUACAAGUGGAGGGACAAUUAGCUGUUCAAAAAAAUAGAGGACUUGUGAAAUCAGUGAAAUAUAUCAUUGAGACGAAAGGAAUUCGUGGUUUGUUUGUCGGAUAUACCGUGACACUGCUUCGAGAUUUACCAUUCUCAUUUCUAUAUUUUUCAAGUUAUGAAUUUAUCAAAAACAAAUCACAACAUUUUGGAAUACCAAUUUUGAAGGAUUACACAGCUGUUCGAGGAGCUUUAGCUGGAUCGUUUGCAUCAGUAAUUACUCUCCCUUUUGAUGUUAUCAAAACACGGAUACAAACACAGCACAAAAUAUCAGCAGAUUCACAUUACUCUGGUUAUCGAGAUGCAGUAGUCAAAAUUUUCAAACAUGAAGGAUUUGCUGGAUUUUUUAGAGGAAUAACACCUCGAUUAAUUUAUACCAUUCCCUCCACUAGUAUCACAUUCUACAUGUAUGAGUUUUUAAAGAAGUGGUUUCAUAUUAACACAACUGCUGCGGAUAGGCUAAAGGAAUAG